UUGAAAUUUAGAAAUAGAAUAUUUAAAGAUUCUUUAGUGACAUGAUGCUCCUGGAUGGCUUUGGGUCUGAGAUGCUGUUUCUUCUAUCCAGCACUGUGGCCUCUCAGACAAGUGCUGGGAUCAGGAAAAGCAGGCUAGGAAAACCAUCGGCAAUGUGGCUGCUUCCAAGCAUGAGGAAGUAUGCCCCCUUCAUGCACCUGAGCUGAAAGGUUCCAGAUACAACAAGCUCAUACCAGAUACAACAAGCUCCUCUAGGAGAAAACAGUGAGAUUUUUCAAAGUUGAAAAAAACAUUGAAGUCAGAGGAAUUCAGAGCAGUGUAUUCCGGCUAUGUCCUUCAAACAUCUCAUACUCUGUGUGCACACGGUUUAUUCAAAUACAAAGUAAAAUGAUGACUUACAAAGUGCAGGUUUACAUCACAAUGUAUCUUCAGCCCCCAAAAGACAGAAGGAAUGGAACACGAAACAAAGAGUGAAGAGGGAAAAAUCUGCCCUUUUGCAUCUCCCUGAUAGGGUACUGGGGUCCUGCCUCUGAUGUGAGCAGGUGUGGCACACCUGAGAAGCCUCACACUCAAACCUGUGGCUGCACACGGGGGGUGGGGGCGGAUUGCAAAAUCGAGAGACCCGCUGGACAGUGAUCAUGCCUGAAUUGGCCAGCUUUGGCAGACAACAAGGCAAAUGCGAGAAGGCCCAACCGUGUAGAAGAGGUUCGCCAAAAGAGACACCCCUGAGGUGACAACCUGCUGUCUCGGACAGCACAUGAGAUGUGCAGUCAGAUGAGUCUGUCUUCUGAUUUGCCACCAUCUAGCUCACUAAAUCUGUGUGAACCUGAGGUUCACUCCCCUCUGUGGAGCAGGAACAGAAAUCCUGGUCAUAGCUGCUGGGAGGAUCAGGGUCUAGCAGCACAGUGUCUUCCACAUGGGAGGUGCAGGAUAGGGGUAACGCUCAGUUCUGCCCCAUCUCCCUUCAUGGCCUGGUUUUCUAGCCUCUUCUCUAAGCUGCUGAUGGAUGGCACACCCCUGAGGAACAAGCCCGGGGCUGGCCCUUUACUACCCUUGGUGGCACCAAAAGUCUCUUUAGGUCUAGGUGAGCCCACAAAAGAUAGGUGUCUCCCGACCCUGCAGAGGCAGCCAGGUUUUCCUUCCAAAUUCAAGAUCUACCAUAUCAACUGUACACCAGGGGCCGCCAUGUGCAUGCCCCUCCAACCUCAAACUCCAGCUUCCAGCCCACUGCUUUCCCUUCAAUUGGCCUGCACGUUCCUGUCCUUGGCCAAGGAAAUCUCCACUCAGUUACCAGUUGCAUUCAGCAGUCAGGGUCAUCUCCAAUUAUUUCAUCUUCUCACUUCUGAGAAGCCACCUCCUUCCAGAGGAACCAUCCGGCAAACAGUCUACAGCCAUCUCUGUCUCCUCACAUUUUAUCACUCUUCUCCUGAACCAGCAAGAUUGCCUCUUCCAAGACUCGGCACCAAAGUUCAGAGAAAUGUCGGUACACUGCAUGCCUCCCCUGAGCCCCAGCAACACUGCCCAGGCCCUGUGCACUCACCUCCCCACCAUAUGGUCUCCCUCUUGUCUCUCUUGUCCUACUGUGAGCUCUUCAGAGGCAGAAGCUAUGCCUUAUCGAUCUUGUGCUCCUGGAAUCUUCCCCAGAUCCAGGCAGCGACUGGGUGCCGAGGACAGUGGGGAGAAUCUGUUGAUCACAUCUCUGUACACAUUAUACACAAAUAAAGCUAAUCUAAUAGAAGGACACAUGGAAUGGGAUAAUCAGACUGUGAGUGCAAAGGGGCACAGGCCCAACAGUGUCCUUCACAAGAAAAAGCAGUGGGAAGACCACUGUGGAGUACUUCCCACUUUACCUAGCUUGCAUGUAUAUCCAUCUGCUAUUUUUUUGUGAACAGCAAACACAUGGGAUGGGCAGAGUACAGAUUAUUACUCCCAAUGUACAAGUGAAGGUGCAAAGGAGGAAUGUUAUCUGUAUCAGAACAUACAGUAUAACUGGGAGAUAUGGCCCUGCCUUUUGGACUCCACACUAAUGACCUUUCCACCAGACCAUACCACUACCCAUAGCCUGAAAGAGAGAAGAUCCUAGUUCUACUCAUAGCCUGCUGAUUAUGUCUAAGAACAAAGGUUGUGCCUUGAUUUUUUCCUUCUUCCCAGAAUGGAGGGAGUGGGGUUUAAAGGCAAGGCUUUUCACUGAUAACAGAUAAUAACAGAUUGCUAAUAAAAGAACAUUUUAAAGGUGAACAGGGUGCUUAAGAAGGAGGAAGCUCCCUGGCACCAGUAUGCAAGAGAGAUUAGAAACUCUUUGGGAAGUGUGUGUGGGGGGGUGCUGUGCAGGAGACUUGAGCAUGGAACAGGUGACAAGGCCACAAAUCCUUCCAGUUUGAGAUUCUCAGAUAUAAAACAUGACUUAGGACAGUAGUGUGAUCUCAAAAAUAGGCCAGGAGGCAAGCUGUGCAGAAGGCCCAUGAUUCCCUCCUCUUCCUCUCAUUGCUAAGCCCCUACUCACCCUGCAAGUCCCCAUCUCUGGAAGACUUCCCAAAGUAGAACCCCUCUGCUCUCUUCCAGAUGUCCAAGGUGGUCAGACCUGGGCCCAGUCCUGUCUUUGGCAUGGGAAGGGUGGCCUUUGGAAGCCACGGUGCUCUUCUGGGUGACAUAAGGAUUGGAGGGCUAAUGCAGGUGAUGUGCUCAGCACCACACCUAGCAGAGUCAGUGUUCAGGAAGAGGCAGCUGCCACGUCUGCACCAGGGCUGCUUACUACACAGGGAUGAGAAGCUUGUGCCUCUUGACCCUGAAUCCUCUCUCAUCCCUGCACAGACUGGCUGGUAUGGAGUCAGCAGUCAGCUGACAACUGCAGUAGCAGAACAUAGUCUGGCUUCAGGACAGACCUAGUUCUCACCCUAGCUCGGCCACUUUCAAGUUUUGAACACGGGGGAAGAUCUUCUUCAUUCGAAAAUGUGACCAAUAUUAGUGUUUGCACCUCCUCCUUUACAGUUUCCUGUGAGCAUUGCAGAGUGCUUUGUGAACAAGAGAGCACCAAGCUGAUAUCAGCUAUCACAUGUUGCAGGGCGAGGCUAGAAUGGGGACGAGAGACAGAAGGGCUGCUGCCCUGCUUGGCUGGGGGCUGGGGACUGUCUGUGGUCCAGUGUCUCUUGGUUCCCCAAGAAAAACCCAGCAGUUAUUGUGCCCUCAUGACUUGGGGGUCUCCACUUUGCUUAUAUGUGGAAGCUGUGUGCGGUCAAUCAUGCGGGAAACCAAAAUCAGAGAGAAAAAUGACAAAAGGAGAGAUGGAGAAGAAUAUAGUGGAUCGAGUAGGUCAAAGUGUUCCUGGAAAAUAAAAGCUCCAAACAAGAACCAGCAGAAUGGCAAAAAGGCAAACAGACGAUCAAAAGCAAGAGAACAAAAUGCAGGCCAGGAAGUCAGUGCCAAAGAAUUGAUUAGUCAAGCAUAUGAAUCUCUCACGCUGAAGCAGAAAUAUCACAGCUCCGGCUCCUCACUGUGGAGCCCUCUCCUCAUAAUGGGAGACAUGAAGAGGCCGAAGAAUAAAGCAACUUUCAUUUUUCU